AUGGCGUCCCGCCGGGCCGUCCUCGUCUUGGUCGUCGCCGUCGCGGCGGCGGCGUCCGUUGCAGCCGACGAUCCGGACUACAGCUACGUGCCGGGGAACAAGCUGGGCCCGGAGAACUGGGCCAAGCUGAGCCCCAAGUACAGCGCCUGCAACGGCGGCUCCGCGGCGAGGAAGCAGUCCCCCAUCGACAUCGUCACCAAGAACGCCGUCCCCAAGCCCAACCUCGACCCCCUCACCCGCACCUACGUCGCCACCGACGCCACCCUCAUCAACAACGGCAAAGAAAUCUCGAUGACGUUCAACGGCAAGCCUGGCAGCGUGUCCAUCGGCGGCAAGGCCUUCAGCCUCAAGAAGCUCCGGUGGAAGACGCCCUCCGAGCACACCAUCAACGGCCAGAGGCACCCCGUCGAGCUCCAGCUCGUCCACGAGAGCGACGCCGGCUCCGGCGAGCUCGCCAUCAUCGCCAUCCUCUACAAGCUCGGCGCCCCGGACUCCUUCUACUUCCAGCUCAAGCGGAAGCUGGCGGAGCUGGCGGCCGACCGGUGCAGCUACGGCGAGCAGGACGCGCGCGUGGCGGCCGGCCUGGUGCACCUGCGCUCGCUGGAGAAGCGGACGGGGAGCUACUUCCGGUACAUGGGCUCCCUUACGGCGCCGCCGUGCGCCGAGAACGUCUACUGGAACGUCCUGGGCAAGGUGAGGCAGAUGACCAAGGAGCAGAUCGACCUCGUCACCGCGCCGCUGCCGGCCGCCGCCAAGCAGAACGCCCGGCCGGUGCAGCCGCUCAACGGCAGGGUCGUCACCUUCUACAACCCGCCCAACAGCACCAUCUCCUUCGACAUUUGAUCUUACCCCAUUAGAUGGAAUGCUAAUUAACCUAGAAAUUAACGUGUUACUGUAUUCGUGUAUCACCACCAACGUACUGACCAGCUAAUCUCGUUUUUACCUUGUCAUUAUCUCUUCGCUGCAUUACUCAGAUGAAAAUUUGUCAGAAAGAUCUUGGCAUCAUACCUUGUUGUAGUAGUACUAAUUAUAACGAUUAUCUGAAA